AAAUAUUUUUUUCAACAUUUUCAUCAAUCUAAAAUGUUCUAUUCCUUAUUCUAUAUGAAUUACUAAAGAGAACAUGUGUGUCAAGGCUAUUGACACACAUGUAAGUCGUUAACUACUGGCAUACAGUUUUGUUGAUUCGGGUCGUCUCUCUCUCUCAAUGUUAGUGUAGUUCUACUAAACCUUACCUCCGUUUUUUUAGUGUGUCCUGUUAGUAUUAGUAUGUUUCUUCAUCCAUACUUGUUUAUCUAGGGUAUCUUUCAGGUAGAUGUACUGUUUUUGUAUAGAAUCGUGUGGAGAUUGCAUUGGCAGCUCUGCUGUAGAGGUGGAGGUGCUGUGUGUGUGUAAAGCCUGGCUCUGACCUAUUGUGCAAUAAAGUCUGCUAGUUAGAUUAUUAUAUAAACUAAUCAUCUUUGGGUUUCAGAUUCCUAUGUUGUUGUUCUUUUAAAUCCCACAUGAGGGUGGUGCCUGUAACCACUUCCACUGGUGUGAUAGAUAAAAAGAUGCAAUGUCCACCCACAGGAAUCCUCCACCUCCCCUCAUAAUCCUCACACUGGCCCUUCUCAAUGGAUACUCCUCCUUCGCUGCACCCUCUGACGUCUCAGGGACCAACCACACAGCCACCCUUCCUCUAAGGCCACAUGGACGCAUGUAUGAAAUGUUGGCGCUCUCCUCAAAUGAUGACUAUGACCUGAAUUGGGACAACACUCCACCCCCGCCUACUCCCUCACGUGGCACCAAUCCUCCGUCCUGUGACUACAACCCCUGCCGGGAGCUACAGACCCCCUGUGCCCAGCUGGCAGCCUCCAGCAGCUGCCUGUGUCCAGGGGUGAGUGGGCCCCACGUGGCCCCAGAGCCUCCAGACCUUAAGAGACUGUCUAUGGAAGGGCCAGGGGUGGUUGUUCAGUGGUGUGCACCAUCGUCUGUUGUGACCCAUUAUGAGGUGGUGGUGGGUACCCUGGAGCCCCUGGUGUUUGGGGAGGACAAGAGGAGUGGUGUUGUGGGAAAGGUGGGGCAGGGGGUGGAGGUGUGUGUGGUGGCGGUGAAUGACGCAGGAGUCAGCGAGCGUCAGAGGCGGUCCUGUACGAUGUACCAGCCCCCUGGAGACAGUAGUCUGGCCCUAAAAGCUGGGCUGAUCGGAGGGGCCCUGGGGCUCCUGCUGCUCCUCUCACUGGCUGUCCUGCUUUGGAGGCACAGGGCUCGGAGAAAAGCAGAUGCCAGGAUCACCCAGGCCACGGAGGAAACACUAUGAAAGGACUGAAGGAAGGCUAUGGUGGAGGCUAACUCAAGAGUAGCUGUCCAGAACUGAGGCAUAUUUUACCAUAAGAGACUGUUGUCUGUCUGUCUGUCUGUCUGUCUGCCUGUGCGUGUGUGUACACGUACUGAACAGGAUGCUGAGUAGGCCUGUGCUCACCGAAAGGCAGGAGGCACUCAGUCAGUCAGGUGAUAUGAAACAGCUUCCUGUCUUCUAUACACAUCUCAAUUCAAACAAUGACUCAUCUCCUUUUGCUGACUUCAUCUGCAUUCACAGCCCAGAUUAAAUGCUAAAGCAAAUACAUUCAAAAUGAAACAAGAUGCAGGUAACAUAACAUAAUAUAAUUAAAAAAUAUUAAAACAAUGA